AUGUUCCCAAACAGCCGUCUUCCCACUCAUUUCAAGACAUCCAAGAGGAGUGUCUUGGCUGUUGGCAUUGACUUUGGAACCACGCAAGUAUUCAACAGCGGAGUUGCUUGGGCUACUGCCGCUGACUUUGAGAGACACAACAUCAAUUUCAUCUCCCGAUGGCCUGGCUUGGGCCGGGAGGAAGGCAAGGUUCCUACCGAGAUCUACUACGAUGACGACGGCGAGAUGAAGUGGGGAUAUGACAUCCCUGGCGAAGUAUCACGCCUGCAAUGGUUCAAGCUCCUAUUACUGAAGCCAGAUGACCUGAGCCCUGAGAUGCGAGCAUCUCCUUUCCUUCAACGUGCUCGUGACAUCGCAAGACAGUCUGGUAAAGCCCACGUCGACGUGGUUGCUGACUACCUCAAGCUGCUGUGGGAUCACGCCCAGGAGAAGAUCAAGCAGGAACUUGGCAAUGCCGCGUUUAACGCUUUGACUUUACAUAUUGUUGUGACCAUUCCGGCUAUUUGGAAAGGGUAUGCCCAACAGAGCACUGAACAAGCUAUCCGGAAGGCAGGCAUGUUAGAGCAUCGAUCGGCUGGUCCGACUCAGCUAAAUGUUGUGACUGAGCCUGAAGCUGCAGCUUUGUCAACUAUACUGGAUCGCUACGACUCUGUGAAGCAAGGCAACGUGUAUGUUGUGUGUGAUGCAGGUGGUGGCACGGUGGACCUGAUCACAUACGAGAUCGAGUCAAUUGAUCCCAUCCGCAUGCGUGAGGCGGUUUUGGGCCAAGGAGAGCUCUGCGGAGGUGUGUUCAUUGAUGAGGCCUUUGAACGAAGAUGUAGAGAACGUCUGGGCCCAACCUGGAAAGCUCUGAGCCGUGGAGGAAAGAAUGAAAUUAUGAAAGAUUCAUGGGAGUAUUCCAUCAAGCCACAGUUUAAGACUGGGAAUAGGGACAAGGUGUACACGGUCACGCUUCCGAACGAAGUGUUCUCCAACAAACCUAAGCAGCGCUUUGAUGAUACGACGAAGGAACCUUUUAUCAAGAGAGGGAAAAUUCAUUUCAAAGAGGCGGAUAUCCAAGAAACCUUCACCAAGGUCUUUGCCGACAUCGUGGAACUCAUCAACUCUCAAAUCGAGAAAGCACAGAAUCUCAACCUUCAAGUCACGACUGAUAGUAAUGCCCAGGGAAUCAUACUCGUCGGAGGACUCGGCGGAAGCCCUUACUUAUACAGCCACCUACAAGAAAUCUUCUCCGACGAGGGGAUCGACAUCCUCCAGCCGAACGGCAUGAAACCGCGAACGGCAAUCUGCCAAGGCGCAGUCUGCAAAGCCUUCACCGAUGGUAGCGAUGGAACUGGUCAGAGUCAAGCCCACAAGCCCAUUGCAGUAACAUCCACGAUCUCCAGAGCACACUAUGGAAUUGCUUAUGACCCAAUAUUUGAGGAGGGAAAACAUCUUGAGGAGGAUGGGUACUUGGACUCAGAUGAUGAUGAAUAUCGCGCAAGAGACCAGAUGGAAUGGUAUCUCGAAAAGGGCGCCUGUGUCUCUAAGUCAGAGAGAGUCAGCCACACUUUUCACCGGAUUUACGACACAAACUGGGAUGGACACUUCUCUGAGACAAUCUUUCAAUGCGAAGAAACUGACCCUCCUGGGCGACUGGAAUCAACCAUCGAGGAAGUAUGCACAAUGAAUUGUACACUCGAGAACUGCAUGCCAGUGUCGAGGUUAAGGAAUCACUUGACACCGAAGGGUGAGAAGAAGAAAAAGCUGAAUUACAACAUAAGAAUGCUUCCGACAGGUAGAAGCGUCAAGUUCGAUGUUGAAGUUAAUGGGACACGCCUUGGCAAGGCUAACCUUGACGUCAAGUUUGAUUAG